UGAUGGUCGAAGUGGUUUUCCUCCUUUUGGUUCUGGAUAGGGCAUGAACUUUGAGCCAGGGUUAAACCCAAGUUUUGGAAAUGGUGCAAGUUUUAGUAGUAAUAUGAACUAUGGACGGGGAUUGAGCCCUUACUAUAUUGGUAAUACAAACAGAUUCGGUAGUCCUUUUGGGUAUGAUGGAAGUAGUGGAGGUAAUACUUCCUUUUUCAGCUCAGUGUCCCAGAACCUUUGGGGAAAUGGGGGACUCAAUUAUUACACAAAUACUGCUAGUUCCAAUGCAUAUACAGGAUCUGGAAAUGGGAGUAUAGGAGGAAGUGCCUUUGGAAAUAGUGGAAUUAAUUGGAGUUCUGCAAUUGCUGGUCAAGCUGGAGGGAAUAAUGUUUCUAGCAAUAGUGUGAAUUUCGGGUAUGGAAGUGGUGAUAACAGCUUUGAGUUAGGGACAACAGGGUAUGGGAGAAAUAAUGGGAUCAAUGUGGUGCCAGCAUCAUCUGCAUAUGUGGCAUCAAAUGCUGGUUAUGAUGGAGCCUUUGCAGAUCUCUAUAGUGGUGCUUCAGUUUAUGGGGAUAACACUUGGCUAUCAUCAGCAUCUGAGUGAGAUGGUUCUGGUUCCUUUGGCUAUGGACUUAGUAGUGCCACUUCUGAUGUUUCGGGUAAAAGUUCUCCCGGUUAUGUUGGUGGUUAUAGUGUUAAUAAGAGACAAACAAAUAGAGGAAUUGCUACCUAGGAGAUUACUUUUGUUAUUGCAAAAUACUGUAGAUGAAGGCAACUUGUAAGGCAAGUGAUCUGUGAAUUCUGCACACUUCCCUCAUUAAAAGAAAGUUGGUUAUCUAGAGCUAACUGGAGUGGCUUUUUUUCGGGAUAACAAUAUAAUUAGAGUUAGAGAUCACAAUGAAUUUUGUGUUGAAGGCUUGAAUUCUGAGUUGGUGUUUUAGGGUUCAGUUUUUCGUAUUCGAGUGAGAUGUAAAAUCAGAUUCCGGGAUAUAGUCAGAAAAUGUAUCACGCCUCUCAUGUAAGGCGGUGAUGCAUAACGAUAUAGAUUAUAUGUUGUGUUACGGCUCUGGCAAAAGCGUGGGUUCUUGUCAGGCAUGCUUUGUUUUGUUUUUGUUAUCGUAUCCGGGUUUGUCUCUCGGCCAAAAUGUAGCUGAGAGACCCUUUGUUCAUUUAUUAGUGAAAACAUUGAAAGGGUUACCCAUAUAGGGUCCCUCAAAAUAAGUUACAAACGUAUGCUCAUUCUUUC